UGGUAGCAAGUCGUUCAAUCCGGAUAAUCAGAGUAUCAGACACAAUUAUUUUUCAAAAAACGAAAACAGUGCAUAAGCAAACCAGUCCAGCUGUGUUUAUUGAAUGUGCUCUGAAACGAAGACGUAAGUGUGCGCGCUGGAGACGCAGACGCUGGACUGCCAAUGCCCGGAUUCUCUAUUGAUCAUGCUAAUGUAUGGAGCUAUAACUUCUUAAAAUAAGCAGAAAUGUGGCCGGCUCGCUUUCUUCUCUUCUUCUGCCUCAUCGUCAUAAUUAUGGUGGUUCAGAGGAUCAGCGGGCAGUCAGUGUGUCCUGGCACUGAUAACAAGCUCAGCACGCUGUCGGAUUUGGACCAGCAGUACAAAACUCUUCGCAAGUUCUACGAAAACUGUGAGGUGGUCAUGGGAAAUCUGGAGAUCACCAGUAUUGAAAGAAACCGCAACCUGUCAUUCCUCAAGUCCAUCCGUGAAGUGACGGGUUACGUGUUGGUGGCUCUGAAUCAGUUUGACUAUCUUCCUCUGGAGAACCUGCGGAUCAUCCGUGGCACUAAACUGUACGAAGGACGCUAUGCUCUGGCCAUCUUUCUCAACUACAGACGAGAUGGCUACUUCGGUCUUAGACAACUCGGCCUCAAGAACCUGACAGAAAUCUUGAAUGGAGGUGUGUAUGUGGAUCAGAAUAAGUUCCUGUGUCAUGCUGACACCAUCCACUGGCAGGACAUCAUCAAGAACCCACGUUCUGAACUUCUGGUUGUGCCCUCAAACAAUAGUGGCAACACGUGCAGAAGGUGUCAUCGCUCCUGUAACGGCCGCUGUUGGGGGCCCCAGGAGGAUCAGUGCCAAAGCUUGACAAAGACAGUGUGUGCAGAGCAGUGUGAUGGACGCUGUUUUGGUCCGUACGUCAGUAACUGCUGCCACCGUGAAUGUGCAGGAGGCUGUACCGGACCCAAAGACACAGACUGCUUCGCUUGUACCAACUUUAAUGACAGCGGGGCCUGUGUGACUCAAUGUCCUCAGCCAUUCGUCUACAAUCCAACAACCUUCCAGCUCGAACACAAUCCCAACGCCAAAUACACCUAUGGAGCUUUCUGUGUCAAGAAAUGCCCACAUAACUUUGUGGUGGAUCACAGUUCUUGUGUCAGAGCCUGUCCGAGCAACAAGAUGGAAGUGGAGGAAAAUCACAUCAAGAUGUGCAUCCCAUGCACUGACAUCUGUCCAAAAAUGUGUGACGGUAUAGGUACCGGCAGUCUUCAAACUGCUCAAACUGUAGAUUCCAGCAACAUUGAGAUGUUUGUCAAUUGCACCAAGAUCAACGGCAACCUCAUCGUCCUCAUCACAGGCAUCAAAGGAGACAUGUAUCAUGGUAUCGGUGCUUUGGAUCCUGAGCGAUUAAAUGUGUUCCGGAACGUCAGAGAGAUCACAGGUUACUUGAACAUCCAGUCUUGGCCAGAGAACAUGACUGACCUUGGUGUCUUUUCCAACCUUGUCACCAUAGGAGGAAGAACACUUUAUAGUGGUAUUUCUCUGCUGAUCCUGAAGCAGCGCUGGAUCUCUUCGCUGAAGUUCCAGUCUUUGAGAGAGAUCAGCGCCGGUAACGUCUACAUGACCAACAACAGCCACCUCUGCUUCUACAACUCAGUGAACUGGACCAGUCUGUUCCGCACCAGCACCCAGAGAGCUCUGAUCAAGAACAACAGGGACCCCAGAGAGUGUACUCAGCUAAGGAUGGUUUGUGAUCCACUGUGUUCAGUGGCAGGAUGCUGGGGUCCCGGUCCGGAUCAGUGUCUCUCUUGUAAAUACUUCAGCCGAGGAAGGACAUGUGUGAAAGCUUGUAAUCUUUAUGAUGG